CGGAAUUGAAUCAAAAAAAGUUGGGUUAGAGCGUUAUUAAGUUAUGUUUGAGCGGCUUUUAUUUAUCUAAACGUUAUACACAUUCCCCCUUUUGUUGCUUUGUUUUUUUCACCUUUAUACGUAGAGUGUUCAAAAUGUUAAAAUUGUGCCCAGACCCAGUGGAUGUCACAGACUUGCAGUUCAAGCUGCAAAGCAGACUGAAGGUGUUCCACAAUGAGGAUCUGUCCCAAUUCCCGCACGCUUGCAGUCUUUUGGCGUGCGCCAGCCGCUAUGGCCUGGUGUUUGUUGGAACAAACUUAGGCCACUUUUUAGUGAUCCAAAGUGGGGCCUUUCAGCAGUGCAGCCAAUCGGCUGCAGGCAAAGGCACGGACUCUACAGACUAUCCAAGGCAAAAAGUGGAGCUGCCUGCGGCAGCCCAACACAUCAGUGUGAACUGUGAUAGCACUAUUCUGGCUGUUGUUAUUGAAAAGGAUCAGUGCCCCACAGUGAUUUUCUAUGAAGUUUUGUCGUUUCUUCGCAAGAACCUUAAAGUGCUUAAAGAGCUGAGGCUAUCAAUGACUCCCGGCGUGUUUGUUAGGGAAGUGAACUGGAACCCCUCAAUCCCAGGCGUUUUCACAGCGUGUAAAAGUGAUGGUUCGCUCGGUGUGUAUGAACUGAACGGCGAUUCUGUCAGUAUCAACGAGCUUCCAGCGGCAGCAAACGCGUGCUGUUUCUGUUGGAGCCCCAAAGGCAAGCAAAUCGCCGUGGGGUCGCCCGACGGCAAAAUCACCCAAUAUAAGCCCGACUUGAAGGCAGUGAAAGUCACAAAUGGCCCCAAAAUCGAGCGCUUGUCCUCAAUGCUCAGCUUACAGUGGGUUUCCACCUAUCAGUUUAUAGCUGUUUAUCUGGCUGGCCAAGAUGAAGCUAGUGUUGUGGUGGUUGACGCCCCUAAAACGGGCGAGCCCAGUUUUACGGACUAUAGUGAUGUGUGCUACAGUCAAGCGCAGCGAUCGCCCCAGUUUUUCCUGCUGUUGCAACAGACUUGGAAUGUUCUUCUGGUGGCUUCAGCCAACAGUGCAGAAAUCGGCGUCCUGGGCAAGGACGGGGAAACCUGGACGCAAUGGAGCAUGGUGGACACUGCGCGGGCCGAGCUCCCUUUGGGGGCUCGCAAAGAAAACACCCUGCCAGUCGGCUUUGCUUUGGACAUCAGUUCCACCACUCCUGUUCCCAUGGGGGAAUCAACCAUCCCCCCAUGCCCAUAUUUGUGCAUCCUUUCCCAUCAGGGCGUGCUAUGCUGUUUCAACGCCAUCAACUCCAAGCCGGGCGUGCCCCAAGUCUGCACCCCUCCUGAUCCCGUAACUGAUACCAGCGGCUUGCACAAGUUCAUAACACCCCCAUCAGCACCAACCACACAAACACCAGUCCAACAAGCAGCAGCCCCACAAGAGCCAGUUCCACAAGCACCAGCCCCUUCAGUACCGGCUCCUCUAGCACCAGCCCCUCCAGUGUCUUUUGGAAUCGACCGGAUUAUUGGGCAGAAAGCGGCGUUUGCGGGAAACCCGCAAGUGCAAAGCACUCCGAUAGCAAAAGGAGGGGCGGCUUUACCAGUGUCCGCCCUUUUCGGGGGGCAGACCAUUGUGACGCCCAUCAAGCCGCCGACCGCCCCCAAGACGCUGUUUGGGGGGCAGACUGCCGUGGUGCCGGUUACUCCAACUGCUCCCCUUCCGGUCAAGGCGAAGCCGAUUGUGAUCAGCGCUGAGCAAAAAGUGAACAAGAUCAAGAGCGCAAAUAAGACCAAUCAAGUGGUGAUCAACCCUGCGCAGGUGUUGACGGAAAUGAUCAGAGAAGAGUGGAGUAUUCUGGAGAACGAGCUGAGGAACGUGAGCGAGAUGAGCAGGCGGGUUAAAGUGAGCGUGGGGAGCGACAGUGAAAUGGUGCUGAUGACCCAACAGAUUAAAUCCUUAGAGGAAUUCAUCCAGGAUCUGGAGACAGUCAAUGGGGGCCAAAGCGGAGAAAUCCAGUGCUUGAAGCAGAACACCAUCCAAGCAUGGGCGUGGUUUGAGGAGGCCAAGUCCUACUACCAGUCCUCAAAAAAUGAGGCUAUCGCCUUGCUCAUCAAGGCCCAGCCGCUCGACUCGCUGUCGCAAAAGCGCCUCAAAGACAUCGAGCAACUGGCCUACUACAUAGAAUCUCAGCUGUCGCAGGCGAACAAAACCCUGGAUGAGCAGUGGGGCAAUUUCCAAGACUACGCGAGGAAAACGCACCGAGUGAAGAUGCCGACAAUGGAAACAAUCUUCCAGACGAUGGUGCGCCAGAACGCGGUGCUUCAAAAGCACGCCUUUGUUCUAAAGGACAUUCAGAUGCGAACGCGAAGAAAGUCCUCCAUUGCCAGCGCGCUUCUGUUGAAGCUGGAUAAAGAGAGCAGUUUUGUGGAUGACUUUGCGGCGCUCCACUUAACGCCGCAGAGCUUGCUCAAGCUCCAGCAUGAGAAGAUCCGGAAGCACUCGCAACAUUUAUCCGCAGGGAAAAGCAGCAAGUUGCGCCAGCUGCUCAAUCAACGGGAAAUCACGCAAGUCCAAGCGGUCAAGCCGCAAGUGUCUUCGUGGGCGAUCAACCAGUCGCCAGCCCGCAAGCUGCGCCAAUCCAUCUCCAAGCUGAACAGCAGCCAAUCGCUAGUCGCCAAGACUUUGGAUUUGAGCCAAAGCUCGCAGCUUGACGCCUCAGAAGUCGUGGAGGCGACCGUAUCAACUCCCCGAACAGCCUCGUUUCCUUUCACCCUAGCCAGCGGCCCGGCUAUAAGCAGCUUCGAAGGAAGCGCCUUCACUCGCAUUGGUAGCUUAGCAAGCAAACCCAGCUCGGAUACUGCCAGCCCCACUUUCACCACAGCAAAGCCAGCUUUUACGCUGGAGGCCAAGCCCCAAGCAACCUCAACAUCAGCCCCCCAAGUCCAAGCUACGAAGUUCUUCGGAAGCCCUGCGGCGUUCGGGGGCUUUCAGCAGUUCGGGGCCAAAAGCGGUCCUUCGUUCGGGGCGCCAGCUCAAACCGCCCCCGCUCACGCUCCAGCUGCUCUAAAUUUGGCCAAAACAACAACUUCGCUGUUGGGACGUUCGGAUGCGCCAGUAUUUGCCGCGUCUUCCACCGCUACUGCAACGAUCAGCAUCUUCGGAAGGACGGUGACCAGUUCGGCCGCACCUCUUCCAACUCCGCAGCAUUUUGGAAGCCCUUCUGCAGCUCUAGCUUCAACCCCAACUGCAAGUGUCUUCGGAAAAAACACUGCGUCAACGUUCAGCCCCUCGGUUUCUUCAUCUCCAGCUUCAACUGCAAGUGUGUUUGGCAAAAGCACUGCGUCGACUUUCAGCCCUGCGGUCUCUUCAUCUGCAGCUUCAACUGCAAGUGCUUUUGGCAAAAGCAGUGCACCAACCUUCAGUCCCGCGGUUUCUUCCUCUCCUGCUUCAACUGCAAGUGUGUUCGGAAACAGCGCUGGGUCACCUUUCAGCCCCGCGGUUUCUUCAUCUGCAGCUUCAACUGGAAGUGUGUUCGGUAAAAACACUGCGUCAAUCUUCACCCCUGCGGUGUCUUCAACUGCAAGUGUGUCCGGAAAAAGCACUGCACCGGCCUUCAGCCCCCCAGUUUCUUCAUCUGCAAGUGUGUUCGGAAAAAGCGCUGCGCCGGCCUUUAGCGUGGCAGUUUCUUCAUCGCCAGCUUCAACUGCAAGUGUGUUCGGAAGCAGCGCUGGGUCGACUUUCAGUCCCGCGGUUUCUUCAUCUGCAAGUGUGUUCGGAAAAAGCACUGGGUCAAUCUUCAGCCCUGCGGUUUCUUCAUCUCCAGCUCCGACUGCAAGUGUCUUUGGUCAAAGCACUGCAGCUGCAACGAGUGCUGCUGGAAGUGGGGUGAUCUUCUCUACUCCCACUUCAGCUGUGAAAGUUACAUCAGCGACUGCAGCUGCAACCACUGGCAGUGUAUUCGGUAAGGAUUCGAUUUUGGGUGCAGCCAGCGCAGCAGCUAGUCCGAGUGCUCAGACGACUAGCACAACUGCAUCGAUCUUUGGGGGCGCGCCUGCUUCUACAGCAGCCCCAGCGUUUGGAGGAGCUUCGCUCUUCGCUGCUGUUUCGACCAGUGUGCCGCCAGCAGCUUCAAGCAGCUCCGGAUCGCUCUUUGGAAGUCCUGCUACUCCAGCGUUUGGCGCUGCAGCGCCCACCACAACUGCUGGCUCUACAUUCGGUGCGGCAGCUUCAAGCUCUGUAGCUGGAGCGUCUAGCGGUUCGCCAUCAAUCCUAGCAGCUUUAGCUGCUUCUUCACCCUCAACAGUUUUUGGAGCUGCAGCUUCCACCGCAAGUUUAGCCGGAAGCCGCAGCAGCACUGGAUCAAUUUUCGCCACUCCAACUGCUUCUUCAGCUCCAACAGUUUUCGGAGCUUCAAGUUCGACCACAGCUGGCGCCGGCAGCACUGGAACAGUCUUCGCCACUCCAGCCGCUUCUUCAUCUUCAGCAGUUUUCGGAGCUUCAACUACCAGCACAGCUUUAACCUCCGGCUCCAGCAGCACUGGAACAGUCUUCGGCACUCCAGCUGCUUCUUCAUCUUCAGCAGUUUUCGGAGCUGCAACUUCUACCACAGCUGGCGCCAGCAGCACUGGAACAGUCUUCGGCACUCCAGCUGCUUCUUCAUCUUCAGCAGUUUUCGGAGCCUCAACUUCCACUACAAGUGCCACAACGAAUGCAGGCGUUUUUGGAGGUUCAUCAACCCAUGGGGUGUUUGGAAGUGCCAGCCCGAGUGCGGGUUCCUCAGUGUUUGGGGCCUCCACAUCAGCGGCGUCCAGCGGAAGUCUCUUCGGCAAAUCGACUUCUUCGAGUGCUGGCUCGAUAUUUGGGGCCCCGACUACUUCAUCGGUGUUCGGGGGGAGCAACAACGCCACUGUUGCAAAUCCCAUUUUUGGGGCGGCGGCCCCACAGUCGGCCUUCCAGGCGCAGCCGGGGGCGGUGUUUGGGGCCCCCAGCACUACAAGCUCAGUUAACACGUUCGGUAGUCCGACGUUUGCCAGCACUGCUUCUGGUUUUGGGCAGCCGCCCGCCUUUGGAGCGAGCAGUGGCGGCUCGGUGUUCGGGGCGACCACCACUGCGGCCUCCGGAAGCAUUUUUGGGGCUCCGCCAGCCACCAGUAGCUCAGGUUUCGGAACGACAGCAACGACGGCCUUUGGGGCCUCAACCACACCGAAGGCUUCUUCGGGGCCGUUCGGCUUUGGCGCAUUGAGCGUCGGGAGCCCUGCGUCGUCUUCGUCGAAUAUUUUCGGAGCUUCUUCCGGCCCUGGGUUUGGACAAACCGCACCAGCGGCCAAGAAUAUAUUCGGCAGCCCCACAACUACAGCCAGCUCGAUAUUCGGCAGCCCCACAACUACAGCCAGCUCGAUAUUCGGAGCCAGUACGGGGGCGACCUUUGGAAGCAAUGCCGCUGGUGGCAGCUUUGGCGCUCCACCCGCUUUCGGAGGCGGCUCCAGUUUUGGGGCCAAACCGGCUUUCGGACAAACUGCGGCUUUUGGUGCGAGUCCGUCAUUCGGCAGCCCACAGACGGGCGCCUUCAGUGCCGCUGCUGGAAGCCCGGUGGCGCAAAGCGGCUUUGGAUCGGCUGCAAGUUUCCAGAAGCCCUCGGGCUUUGGAAGCGCCCCUGUUUUCGGAGCAUCGCCCGCGCCAGCUGCCUUUGGUUCGCCACCGUCUUUUGGUAGCUCGCCCAGCUUUGGGGCGGCGCCCAGCUUUGGAACCCCCGAAAAAGUGUUUGGAGGCAGCCAACCACCCGCCACCGGCGGUUUUGCGGCGGCGACCCCGGAAAAUACCGGAUUUGGAAACUUGGCGUCGCAGAAUACGAUUGGGUUUGGAAAUCUGGCUCAACAAGCCACUAGUCCGCCUGCUGCACCAUUUUCCGGGUUCUCAUCCUUUUCAAGCUGGCGCUAGCUGUGGGUUACCUGACAGAGAGACUUUGAUAUUGUCGUUCACUUUUAUUAGUUGGCUAUUCAGUAGCCAAUCACAUUACUUGGGAUGUCUAUUUUUGAAUAUAUGAACACUGUUAUCGGUGCCUCCUGA